AUGAGCAAAUUUUGCAGUGCUUCUGAUCUUAAAAAUUUUGGAUCUUUUCCUGCCAUUCUUAUUUUCGGUGAUUCUACAGUAGAUACGGGAAAUAACAACUUCAUUCCCACCAUUACAGAAGCUAAUUACUCUCCUUAUGGCAAAGAUUUUCCCGGUCAUAUUGCUACUGGAAGGUUCAGUCAUGGAAAAUUCAUUCCUGACAUGGUGGCCUCUAAGUUGGGCAUAAAGGAGCUUGUUCUUCCAUUUUUGGAUCCAAAAUUGUCAAAUGAUGACGCGAAAACAGGAGUUAGUUUUGCAUCAAGGCAAAUUGAUAUGUCCAAGAACUAUAUUCAAAGACUUACGAGGAUUGUAGGUGUAGAUGAAAGUAAGAAGAUUAUUGGUAGUGCUUUAGUUAUUCUUAGUGUAGGAACUAAUGACUUUACCAAAAAUUUCUACGACCUUGCGGUAAGGAAACUACAAUACAAUAUUAGUGGUUACCAAGAUUUCAUCCAAGAUAGACUACAAAACUUCAUCAAGGAAAUUUACGAGCUUGGAUGUCGCAAUAUAGUGGUUGCUGGCCUCCCUCUUAUUGGUUGUCUUCCCAUUCAAGAGACUAUAUCGUUUCAACCUUCUCUAAAACGAAUAUGUUUGGAAGAUCAAAACUCGGACUCCAUAUCCUAUAAUCAGAAGCUUUCAAAGUUGUUGGGCAAUCUAUAA